UCAAAGGAAAAACAACAUGGCUGCCGAGGAGAAGCCUGGUGUAAAGAGCAGCAGCUCCAUCGUGCCCUGCUUCUUGUUUGUGGAGUUGGUGAUCAUGGCUGGGACGGUUCUGCUGGCUUACUACUUUGAGUACACUGACACCUUCCCAGUGCAUAUCCAGGGUUUUUUCUGCUACGAUAAGAGCUUCUCCAAACCUUAUCCCGGCCCGGACAACACCAGCAAGAUCCCCCCCGUGCUCAUCUACUCCCUGGUCACGGCCAUCCCAGUGCUCACGAUCCUGGCCGGAGAACUCUGUGUCUUCUUCAUUAAGGCAGAAGGGACUCAGGAAAAGACCAUUGUCACUGCCGACUGCUGCUACUUCAACCCCCUCCUCCGACGCAUCAUCCGCUUCCUAGGUGUCUACACUUUUGGACUCUUCACCACCACCAUCUUUGCCAACGCUGGUCAGGUUGUAACAGGAAACCAGACCCCUCACUUCCUAUCUGCGUGCCGGCCCAACUACACAGCGUUGGGUUGCCAGUCAACGCUGCAGUACAUUACAGAGCGCCGUGCCUGCACUGGCAACCCACUGAUCGUCAUGUCUGCUCGCAAGUCCUUCCCCUCUAAGGACGCAGCACUCAGUGUCUACUCCGCAGUGUAUACAGUGAUGUAUGUGACUCUGGUGUUCAAGACCAAAGGCACCCGGUUGACCAAGCCCACCAUCAGCCUGACCCUGCUUUGCCUAGCCAUGCUGGUAGGAGUGGUCAGAGUGGCAGAGUACCGCAACCAUUGGGCUGAUGUGCUGGCGGGAUUCUUCACCGGGGCAGCCAUCGCAGUUUUCCUGGUGACCUGUGUGAUCAACAACUUCCAGCGCCUGCAAACUACUGGGCCACCUGCCCGACCCCAGCGCCCUGACUCCAUGUUGGGGGUUCCCAUGGUGACGCUACCCUGUGUAGAGAGUCCUCUCGAAAAGUUAAGUGGUCCUCAGCAUCCCGCCCUGUCCACUUCGUCCCCCGCUUACAACACCUACGUCCAGCCAUUCUAACCUCUCUGACCUCCCUGACCCCCUCUGACUCUCCCUCCUCUGAGCCUCACCUCUCCGUUCUCUGUUGCCUUAUUUCUGUUUGGUCCUGUUUGUUUUUUUGUUUUUUUUCCUCUCUAUUUCCACCCCAUUCCAGUGCAUUGCUCUUGAUUAUUCUUCUUUUCUUUACUUCUCUUUCCCCCACCACUUCCUGUCUCUCCUGCAGACUCCACGGGGCUCUGCGUUCAGCGAGAUCACAUGACCAUCAGCCCUAUCGGUUCCCCCGCAGCCUCGGUGUGCGCACACAGGCUC